AUUUCGCCACCACCUUUACUCUUUCAUUUUUCACUCUCUCUUCAAUCUCUCUCUGAUUUCAAAUCAAAUUAGGGUUUUCAAAUUUUCUUCUUCUUUCACUAUGGGGUCAAUCCCCGAUCCUGGUGAGUUAACCGAGUUAACUCAACCAAGUUUCGAUGAUUUUCAACGUCAAACCUCCCUUAUGACUUCUUGCACCCUCCUUUGGAAAGAACUCUCUGAUCACUUCUCAUCUUUAGAACAAGAUCUUCUCAACAAAUCUGAAGCCUUAAACCGCAAAAUUCGCUCCUUAGACAAUCAAACUAAUGAAUCCCUUAACCUCCUCCGUCACCGUGAAUCCACGCUCGACGACGCGCUUCAGAUCGCGCUUCGCGAUAUCGAUAACCGUACGGAAGCUGCUCUUGCUGCACUCUCCCGUGUACGAGAGGAUGUUGAAGAUGGUGAUGGUGAGGUUGAUAAUGGUGAAGGUUUGAUGCUGAAAUUGAAGUCGUUUUGUUUGAAGAUGGAUGCGUUAGGGUUUUGGGGGUUUGUGAUAGGGAAGAAGAAGGAGUUAGAAGGUUUAAGAGCUGAGAUGCCGGAGGCUUUAGGGGAAUGUAUAGAUCCGGCGAAGUUUGUGCUUGAAGCUAUAUCGGAGGUUUUUCCUGUGGAUAAGAGAGGUGAUAAAAGUGGAAAUGAUCUUGGUUGGGCUUGUGUGCUUGUGUUGGAGUCUCUGGUUCCAGUGAUGGUGGACCCUGUGUUGAAGUCGAGGAUGUUGGUGACUCCUACUGUGAAGAAACUUGCAAAGGAUGUUGCUGAGAAAUGGAAGGUGAGUUUGGAGGAACGUGGUGGUGUUGAGAAUGUGAAGACUCCUGAUGUUCAUACAUUCUUGCAGCAUCUUGUUACUUUCGGGAUUGUUGAUAGUAAUGAUUUGGGAUUGUAUCGGAAGCUUGUUAUUGCUUCUGCUUGGAGGAAACAUAUGCCUAAGCUUGCACUUUCACUCGGUCUUACGGAUCAAAUGGCCGAUAUGAUUCAAGAGUUGAUCAGCAAGGGACAGCAACUUGAUGCUGUUCAUUUCACAUUUGAAGUGGGUCUUGUGGAUAAGUUCCCACCUGUUCCCCUUCUCAAAUCAUACUUGAAGGAUGCUAAGAAAGUCGCUGCGUCAAUAUUGGAAGAUCCUAAUAAUGCAGGACGAGCUGGGUAUCUAGCUGCAAGAAAGGAGCAGUCUGCACUCAAGGCCGUGAUUAAAUGCAUAGAAGAAUACAACCUUGAGGCUGAAUUCCCUGCCGAGAGUCUGAAGAAGCGACUUGAACAGCUGGAGAAGGUUAAGCCUGAGAAAAGGAAACAGAUUGUUGUCCCUGCCAAUAAAAGAACACGAGCAAGCAACAGCAAUGGAGGUCCAAUGCCACCUGCUAAAGCUGGACGUUUGACCAAUGCAUAUGUAUCAUCUUUCCCUGCCGCUUCUACAUUUGUUAGAUCUCCAUCACACGGGCAAUACCCAGCUGCUCUUCCACUGUAUCCUUCCCCACCCCACAUGUAUGGAAGCAGAAGUCCAUCCUAUGCUUAUUCACCAGAGCCAGCACCAGCUAUUGCAGCGUCAUACCCAGUACCACCCAUGAGCUAUCCUGCAUAUGGUGGCUAUGGAAAUGUUUUGGCACCUACUUAUCAGCAAGCUUACUACCGAUAGAAAUGACUACACUUGGAAGAUGGUAACUACUGAUAUGAUGACCUUGAUCCCAUUUACUUUCGCAAUGUUGUUUGUAAUCACUAACCGUUUAACGGUAGCAGUUCUGUGUGUUAAUUAUAACUACUGUCUCACUUCCUGUUCUGCAUGGGGGGUGAGAAGAUGUACUUCUAAUGGAAAGUAACUAGGACGGCCGUGAAACAUCAGAAACUCUACUACCACUGUUCGGUUUAGUUGUAGAAAGACUUACUUUUUUACUCUGUUUACAUUAUAUGUUAUCCUGGGAUCGUACUGAAGGGGAAAAGUAAAGAAAAAGGUAAUCUGUUUCUUGGCAGCUGUUUACUAUGUUAUAAAACUCUAUGAAGGAAAUAAUCUUAUCUAAUAUCUAUGAUGAAUGUAUUUUA